AUGAAAGGAUUCGCACAUUUCUUCAUUGCUCUCGCAAUGAUUUUGAUUAUUGCCUGUUUGAAUGCCGAAGGAUCUGCCAUGCGUGGCGGUGCACGCGGUCUCCAAGCGGAUGAACCGCCAGAAGAGGUACCGCAAGAGUUUAAUCACAGGGCUCGACGCGCUGCUGCAGACGAAGAGGUUCCCGAGGAAGUACCACAGGAGCUUAUGGAGAGAUCCCGACGAGCUGCUUUGGGCGAUGAACCUGAGCAGGUGCCACAGGAAAUUGAGCAUAACGGAAGGUUCCGCCGCUCUUCAGCAAAGGCCGCUGACGAAGUGCCAGAAGAAGCUCCACAAGGCCUAUACGGUGCCAGGCGUCGCCGCUCGCCACAAAUGCCAAUCCCAGACGGUAUGCCACCGAUGCCACCCAUGCCACCAAUGCCGAUGCCACAAAGAUUCCAUGAUGAUAUUAAUCCAAGGGCUCGCCGUCACCUUGCAGUAUCUGGGCUCGCCAAAAAAAUUCUGACUCCAUAUUAAAAUCGUGGAAAAUACUUAUGU